AUGGGUCAAUUAGAAGUAACUAUUAUUGAAGGAAAAAAUUUAAAACAAAAAGAUAAAUUAAGUGAAAAUGAUGCUUUUAUUGAAAUAUAUCUUGAUGAUAAAAAUCAAAAACAAAAAACAAAAGUUAUUAAAAAUUGCAAUAAUCCAAUAUGGAAUCAAUCAUUUGUUUUUAAUCAUUUAAGAGGACAAGAUACUCUUCAUAUUGAUGUUUAUGAUCACGAUACAAUUCGAAAUCAAAUAAUUGGUUAUAUUCAGAUUGAUUUACGUUAUUUAUAUCAACAAGGUCAUAUUGAUGAUUGGUUUUUUGUUGAAGAUAAACAAGGUAUUAAAACAAAUGGAUUAAUUCAUCUUACUCUUGAUUAUGGAAAUCUCAAAAUAUAA